UUUCCUUCGAGGACAAGUUCGAGCGCGAGUCCGAUGCAAUUAUCUCCCUUUCUUCUUUAUUUAAUUCCAAUUCAAUUGACUUCGACUCCCAUGUUAAGCAACGCAAUUUGGUAUAAAUUUGGGCGUUUCGGAGGAUUUCUUUUUAUCCUACAUUCUCCGCUUUCCAAUUUUUGAUUGAUUCGUUCAGUUUCUCCUCCUAUCCCAACUUUUCAGGUAGCACAGAGGUUGUUAUAAGAAGUUAUUUAAUGACUUCAAAAACUUUGAGGAGGAGGCUCCAUCAUGGUGAUGUUGAUGGGAAAAGGAACGAAAAGUAUGAUACUUCUGGCUUUGAAGGUUUGAGUGAGCCUCUGCUUGGCAGCCAUGAGUAUAGUGAUAGAAGCUCGGAGGUACGCACGCUUGAAGAGAUUUGGGACGAUGAGCGCAAGAAGCAACAGUUACACUGGACACUUCUGUUUUCUCAGUUGAUUGCACAAUGGGCUCAGUGGAUAGCAAACAUUGUCUUCGGCUCUGGAGCACUCUUUGGUCGACUUUUGCCAUUUUCUUUGAGCAUGCACAAUGGACAAAACCAUAGGGUGGCUCCACCUCUUAGUCUUUUACAGGAAGAAAGACUCAGGAACUUAAAGCAAAGGCUGGAAGUUCCCUUUGAUGGAUCUCGCAUUGAACACCAAGAUGCUCUGAAAAGGUUAUGGAGGUUGGCAUAUCCAGACAGAGAGCUUCCACCUCCUAAAUCUGAGCUCUGGAAGGACAUGGGUUGGCAAGGUACCGAUCCUUCAACAGAUUUUAGAGGUGGUGGAUUUGUUUCACUGGAAAAUCUCAUAUUCUUUGCCCAGACAUAUCCGGAGUCAUUCCGCAGAUUGUUGUAUAAGAAGGAUGGUAAGAGAGCAGAGUGGGAAUAUCCGUUUGCUGUUGCUGGCAUUAACAUUUCGUUUAUGUUGGUGCAAAUGUUAGAUCUCCAAUCAGGGAAGCCAAGUUCAUUGGCAGGGAUUCGUUUCUUAGAACUUCUAGAGCACGACGAGAUGGCAUUUGAUAACCUCUUCUGUGUAGCCUUCCAAUUGAUGGACGCUCAAUGGCUUGCAAAGCGCGCUUCCUAUAUGGAUUUCAAUGAUGUUUUGAAGUCUACCAGAAGUCAGUUAGAACGUGAGCUUGAACUUGAAGAUACCUCGAGUGUGAAAGAAUUGCCAGCCUACAAUCUCUUGAGAAGAUAAUCUUCUUUCUCCCAUCAUUAACUUCUUCAUUCAGCCAUAGUUCUCUCUAUCUGAUCUUUCCUUAUCUUCCAAUUUUUGUGUUGUUUAUCCAAAAAUUGCAUUUGUAAUAAAAUUUAAAAGGGGAAAAAAAGAAAAAAAAGAAGAAAAAGAAAAGUUAAAAACAACCACACAUUUGCUCAUGAAAAUAGAGUAAAAUUGUUACGAAUUUCCUCUCUGGUAUUAAGUCCAAAGCAUUGUAUAUAAUGGAAAGGAGAAGCUGUGAGCUAUAAGAUUAUAACUGGAUGUCCCCACUCUCUGUCUCUCAAUUUAUAUAUUUGUAUAGGGUGAGGCAUGGUGUUCGAAGAUUUGACGUCAGAGCCCAUGUCUUAACCAUUUAAACUGUGUUCA